CCGGCAACCUACAGUACUAUUAUUAGUUCCUUAGAUCAGCAACCACUUUACAAUCGGACUCACUGGGUAGAACCACAAAGUAUGAUCAUCGGUGGGGUAAGCAUGGUCCAAACGAUGCGCCUAUGGGGUCUGCCAUAACCGGAUCCGUGGGAAGGAUACCUUUCAGAAGAAAAAACGAGACUAAGAAAGCUCUGGUAGUAGAGAGUACUGCAAUUGGGGACCAGGCUGGACAUGAACACGUUGUUUCGAGAGAGUGGGGGGCAUGGGGCCCAAGAAAAAGGAGUCUGCGAUUGAUUCCUACCAAAGUCGCUCAUGGCGAAACACGGAGACCACCGGAUUUUACGAAGGACGGGAAAAUAAAGUGUACCUACUCAAUCGAGCACUAUAUAGCCCACGGGGAGCGGCCUUACUGCGGCAUGAAACCUUCCAUGAGAAAGUCCAGGAACACGGACUCCGAUCCGGGAAAGAUCCUCGUCUCUCCAGGUGAGGCACUACCCUAUCGCAAUACGGGUCCAGUGAUUUACACUGCCUUCCUACUUGUGCCCGCAGAGGAGGAAGUCAAAUAUGCGCUAGCUUUUCUAAAGUACCAGACUAAGCGUUCGUCCUGAGCAUUAGUCUCUUGCGCAGAAAGCCUGGGAACUGAUAUAGCCAUGCUCGACAUGCAUCAUGUCAGGCUUCCAAAUGGAUCCCUCUAGGACAGGCUCAAUGAUGCUCGAUCUACUGCUAUGGAAACUGGGAAAUCGGCGGUACACCCUAAUGAUGUAGGGGUAGCGAGAUCUACUUCUUUGAAAGGAGAUCUCUUGUAAAUCGAGGCUUUGCUGUAGUGUACCACCCCAUCCUGCUUAUUAGCGUACUAACGGCGCUAAUUAUAGCAUUCCAUUUGCAUCAUGGUGCUGCUUCAAGGACAUUGUCAGACACGCCCGAUGGCAAAAUUAGAGAUAAACGGCCGCACCUUGAUUUGACCCUAUGACUUUGAUGUGUCCGGGAACAUUCUCCCAACCAGGAGAUUCACUUUAUCUUCACCCUAUCGAACCUCCAUUCAUGCUACGAGCUAU